GCCCUCCUCGCCUCACAUGUUUGCUGCUGUGGGAGUAAUCCCAGGAGAAACCUAACACCCGACAGCAGAUCAAAGCCACGAGGACCUCUGACUGGUUUGUCAUUACUGAACAGAGCCGACAAAGACAAGAGAAUGAUGGACGGAAACAUGAACAAAGGUCUGUUCAUGACGGCUCAGCUCAGAGACACGGAGGAUGACCACAAGGUCAGCAGAGCGAUUCUGGAAAUGCUACACAUCAGCAAAGUGUCAACAAGUCACCGGGCCAAACUUCAUCCCUAUAUGAGGAGGAUCCAUCAGCAUUUAGCCUCUUUGGAAGUUCAAGAUAUUGGAAAAUCAGAUGGAAUGCUGGUGCAAAGCUUUCGAAGUGUUGAUGGUCCACAUCAUGCUCCUCAAGGAUGGAUCUGGUUUGAUGUCAGCAGCCUGAGCUCAUCCAUGGUGAUUGCAGAGCUGGUCCUGUUCAGGAAAAACCUUCACCCACACCCCCUCAGUGUCAUAGUCACCCUGCACAGCGUCAUCACGUCACAGAAGAAAAUGAACGAAACCUGCAUCUUGGAGGAGCGACAGUUGGGGUUGGACCAGAGACCCUCCUCUGGGUAUGAUGUGUUUAACGUAUCCGCUCUUCUGGCUGUGAGAUCCCUGAACGUGGUGGGCUUUGAGCUGCGCUACAAGGAUGAGACCGGGAGUCUGGUCCUGCACGAGGCUUUAACACAGAGUCUGUACUGCCUGAACAGAGGCUGUGUGAAUGAACCCAUCCUGGUGUUCUACCAGGACCGUCCUCUUCAACACUAAC